CACAAGCCACAAAUUUCACUUUUUUCUACGUCUAUUGAUUUCCUUCUCUGCUUUUAUGUUUUUUUGUUGCUUUUUGUUUUUUGGUUUCAAAGAGACAAUAAUCUCUCCACUCUCUUUAUGUUCUUUCUGAAACCAAUCCAAGGCAAAACAAAACCACAGAAUCUAAAUCCUCUUUCUUUUCCUCAGAUUUUCCGGAGGAAAAAAAAUUAACACAUUCAUGAAACCAUCAGCUUCCAAAUUUUCCUUUACUUUCUCACAGUUUCUCGCACUCUACUGUCUUCUCACACAGACCCAUGUAGCUCAAGGAUCCCAUCAAUGGCAAUCACCAAUCAAAACCGUCGUCGUUUUGGUAAUGGAGAAUCGAUCCUUCGAUCACCUCUUAGGCUGGAUGAAGAAAUCGGUUAACCCGUCAAUAGACGGUGUAACGGGUCAAGAAUGUAACCCGGUUCCGAAUUCUACCCAAACCAUUUGUUUCACUAGCGAUGCGGAGUUUGUGGAUCCGGAUCCGGGUCACUCGUUCGAGGCUGUGGAGCAACAGGUUUUCGGGUCGGGUCAGAUCCCGUCGAUGAUGGGUUUCGUUGAGCAGGCGCUUUCUAUGCCGGGAAACAUGUCGGAAACCGUCAUGAAAGGAUUCCGGCCUGAAGCUGUACCGGUUUACGCCGAACUGGUUAAAGAAUUCGCUGUCUUCGACCGGUGGUUUUCUUCGAUUCCCGGUCCGACUCAACCUAACCGGUUAUUCGUCUAUUCGGCUACCUCACAUGGUUCCACAAGCCAUGUCAAGAAGCAGCUCGCUCAAGGGUAUCCACAAAAGACGAUAUUCGAUUCGCUCCACAGCAACGACAUCGACUUCGGAAUAUACUUCCAGAAUAUACCGACCACAUUAUUCUACCGUAAUCUCCGACAACUAAAAUACAUAUUCAAAUUGCAUCAAUACGAUUUGAAGUUCAAGAAAGACGCAGCAAAAGGAAAGUUACCGAGCUUAACCGUCAUCGAACCGAGGUAUUUCGACCUCAAAGGCUUACCGGCCAACGACGAUCACCCAUCGCACGACGUGGCUAAUGGUCAAAAGCUGGUUAAAGAAGUGUACGAGGCUCUUAGGUCGAGUCCACAGUGGAACGAGACGCUACUAGUCAUAACCUAUGAUGAGCAUGGUGGGUUCUAUGAUCAUGUGAAGACUCCUUAUGUCGGUAUACCAAACCCGGAUGGAAAUACCGGACCGGCACCUGGUUUCUUUAAAUUUGACCGGUUAGGUGUUCGGGUUCCUACCAUUAUGGUUUCACCUUGGAUUCAGAAAGGAACCGUGGUGAGCGAGGCAAAAGGGCCAACACAAAGCUCAGAGUAUGAGCAUUCAUCAAUACCAGCGACUAUCAAGAAGCUCUUCAAUCUCUCUUCCAAUUACUUAACAUAUAGAGAUGCUUGGGCUGCUACUUUUGAAGACGUUGUUUCUCACUUAACCUCUCCUCGAACCGAUUGUCCCAUGACUCUGCCUGAAGUUGCACCCAUGAGAGCCACUGAGCCUAAAGAAGACGCAGCUCUUUCUGAGUUUCAGAGCGAAGUGGUUCAACUUGCAGCGGUUCUUAAUGGCGAUCACUUCCUCAGUAGCUUCCCGGACGAAGUUGGGAAGAAAAUGACUGUGAAACAAGCUCAUGAGUAUGUCAAAGGAGCUACUUCUCGGUUCAUCAGAGCUAGCAAAGAAGCAAUGAAACUCGGUGCAGAUAAAUCUGCCAUUGUCGAUAUGCGAUCUUCGCUCACUACACAGCCACGCAACCUGUGACCAACGAGAAAAAAAAUGAUUACAAAUCUUGUGAAAAUUCGUAGGCUUGUUUGUUUGCUUUUGCAUUCUUCUUCCUCUGUUUUGAUCUGAAAAUGUGUGGUUUGAUGUUUAGAGACUGGAAUUAAGAAACAAAGAAGUAGACAAAAUUCAUUGUUA